CAAAAUCUGUCCUAUUUGUAUGCCAUUUUUACCUCUUCACAUUGCAUUACUCUGUAGUCUGCGCAUUUAACCAGAGAAGACACACAGAGAAGGGGGAGAUUUUUGUGCGGGAAAAUGAAGGGCCAGUGGUCUCUCUGGACUAAGAUGCUCUGUCAUCACGUAGUUAACAAAUCUUCGCAAAUGUCUCCCUCAAUAUGUUCAAGAUUAGGGUUCCAAACCUGCGAUCAUCGUUUUCCAGACUGGAACUGGGCAUCAUUUUACUCCUCAAUGGAAAAGCCUCUGCGUUUAUAUUCAACAGAUUUGGAGCCUCAAUUAUCAUCAGACCUCAUCAGAAUUAUGGAGCAAAGACUGUCCGCUAUAGAAUAUCGAAAUGCCUACCUUCAAGAUAUAAUUGCCAAGCCAGAGGUCUCAGCAGGAGAGUUUUCAAGUGCCAACAAGGAGCUUAAGAAACUUGGGGGUUGUAUGGACCUUAUAAAUGAAUUAAGGGCAAAGCAGAAGGAAAUUCAUAGUUUGAAAUCAUUAAUGGAUGAAUGCCCUGAUGAUAAAGAUAUGCGUGAAAUGGUAGUAGAGGAGUUAAAUGAAGCAGUGGAAGAGGAAAAGAGGUUGCAACAUCUCCUGCUCAAAUCCUUGCUACCGAAGGAUGGUGCUGAUGAAAGGGAUUGUAUAUUGGAGGUGAGAGCAGGGACUGGAGGUGAAGAAGCAUCAUUAUUUGCCAUGGAUCUCUUCAAAAUGUAUGAGAGAUACUCACAAAAGAGGGGUUGGAGAUUUGAAGUCGUAGAUGUAAUGGAAUCUGAUCUUAAAGGCUACAAGGAAGCUAGUGGAGCAAUUUCAGGACCUGGAGCAUAUGGAAAACUUAAAUUUGAGAGUGGCAUCCAUAGAGUGCAGCGGGUUCCAGUAACCGAAAAAUCUGGAAGGGUGCAUACCAGUGCUGUCUCUGUUGCUAUCCUCCCUCAGGCUGAUGAGGUGGAUGUACAGCUGUGUAAUGAGGAUUUGAGAAUUGAUACUUACAGAUCUGGUGGAUCAGGGGGUCAGCAUGCAAAUACGACUAAUAGUGCUGUUCGUGUAACUCACAUUCCUACGGGAAUAAUGGUGUCAAUUCAAGAUGAACGAUCACAACAUAUGAACAAGGCCAAAGCACUGAAAGUUCUAUGCGCAAAACUAUAUGAGAUGGAGAGGACUAGAAUUCAAACAAGCCGCUCAAUGCUUCGAUCAGAGCAGAUAGGUAGUGGGGAUAGAUCAGAGCGCAUUCGCACUUAUAACUUUCCUCAAGGGCGUGUGACUGAUCAUAGGGCUGGGAUCACCUAUCACUCCAUAGACGAUGUUAUGGAAGGGGAGAGUUUGGAUAUUUUCAUCGAUGCUCUUCUGUUGAAGCAGGAGAUGGAUGCAAUAUCUUCAUUCAGUUCAUUAUAAUAGUAGGACAAUUAUAACUGUGUUUAUAUUUUUUUAUUUUAACUAGCUUUUUCAGCACUUAAAAGUAAAAUAGGGACUAUUGGCUUUCUACAUUGAUUACAUUUUAGUCAAAAAAAAAAAGGACCAAAUUUUAGCAGGAUUUUGGCUUGAGAAAAUUUUGGAGUAUCAGCAGAUAAAAAAGCAGUCUGUGGUAGUCUGCUAAAGUUUUGUAGAGCCCAUAUUAUUGUGUGUUCCUUGAAAAGAUAGCCACUUAACUUCAUAGGAAAAUGACCUCAUUACUGGAUGUUGAGAUAAUUUCAUUUUAAUUGUACUCUUUGUGUGUGUGUGCGCACGCACAUGCACGUGCUUGUUCUUUCCC